GGAUAAUUGAUACCCAUAUUGUAUGAACAUGAGAGAUUUGAACAAAGAAUGUGGAGAAAGAGAUAAGUGUGUAUAGAAUUUGAACUAUGAGUUCUAUGAGUUGUGUCUUUACAAGCCUUACAUAAGGGAGUAUAUAUAGGGAAAAUCCGGGUCUGAGCCUCUAAUAUGGGCCUGACAGACCCGGUUACAUAAAUGGACUGAUAGUAUAAAAAGCUAAUCUAGAACAUCUUAAUAAUAAUAAUGUACAAUAAUGUGAAUCCGCUAAACGUGUGUGGGCCACUGUCCAGGCCCAGUAGUCGGCAUACCGUGGGGUCGGAGUCUAUAUAAUCCAUCAGGAGUCCCCCACUCCCUGAGUCGAGAGUACUCGAGGCGAAAGGGAGUAGUCCAAACUGUAUCUGCAACGUUCUUCCUCUUCGGCCGGGGGACCACCACCCUUGUCAAUGAUGGGGAGGUGCCUCGUUAAAAACCUUUACUAGGAAAAACCCAGUGGGAAAAAAUCCUAAUAAAGGGAAAAAGAGUACACCUAGCGCCCCCAACAUGAAACACGGAAGGUAAAUCCCCUCCGGCAUAAUCAAUCUAGCUCAGCUCCUCUUCAACUGACUCAGCUCUCGUUCCUGCUCUUGCGUGAUGUUUUCUGCUCAUCUAGAAACUCUGACCCCUCAGUCCCCUAGUCCCCACUCUUUGAGGCGAGUGGAGACGAGGUGAAAAUGAGUAAAGUCAUCUUUGUACCUACACAUUUAUCAUAAUUAUGAAAUCUUUUUCUUGGGAUUUAUGUUUCCGAUCGGGAGUUCGUUACUUGAAAAUAAGUGGAGAUGUGUAUUGUUAAUGUAAUGAUAAAUACUUAGUAGAAUGGAUGUGUGAGCCAUUCGUAAGCAACGGUCGCCACUCGAGGAAUGACUAAGACCGGUCUUCGUACCCGACUUGGUCGGGGUUUUGUCUUCAUGCCCGACUUGGUCGGGGCUUUGUGCCUGAGGAGUCAGGACUUUGUGCCUGAGGAGUCAGGGCUUUAAAUCCUAGUGAUGGGUCUCAAGCCACACUCUACUAAGCAUUUGAUCAUAAGUGCGUGAUAGUGUGACAUUUAACCGACAAAAAAUAAUGAUUUAAAUAAAUAUAAAUAAUAUGAAAAUUAAAGAGUACUUAUCUUUUUAAAGUGGGCUGAAUCUGUUGCAAGAACCACGGCCCACCAUUUUUGUUGAGACUGGUUCUGGACUAAAUGUUAUCUGCUGGUCCACAUAUUUUAACAGAAGCUAGAUAUUUGUUUGCUUCGUAUUUUUCUCGGCAGAGGAGUUAAGUCCAUCCACGUUAUGGAUUAUUUUAGGCCAUAUAUUAAUUUGUACUAUGUUGAUUCUUCUAGGCCAUAUACGUAGUAUUAAUUUGUACUGUGAGGUGAAUUAAUUGAGUGGGUCAACUGAUUUGUAUUAUGUUGAUUCUUUGUCUGACUAAGAAUCACACACCAGUUCGUCUCUAACCUGCGCAGCUCACCAGCACCAGCUAACCAAGAAGUCGCACUGUUUUGAGACAAGCCUGACCUAAAAGAAUUUGGGGUUACGGGAAGAGUAGCUCCUUGAUGCGGAGGGCGAGAGGGACGGUGACAUGGUAUACCGCUGACAAAGCUUCCAGCCGGCCGGGGAUGCCCUCGGUUGCCGGCGCCGUUGGACAGUAAGGGUCGCCGGAAAAAGCAGGGGUCCACUCUUACUUUCGUUGCUGGAGAUUCUUUGGGCCAUUGCCACUGCUUGGAUAACGAGAGAAAAGAGGGAGACCCUAGACGGUUACUGCCGCUUGACUAGAUCGCAACUAUGGCCGUCUCCGGACGGACAAACCCUCGCUUAGCCUCUCAGACCAGUUUUGUGGACAGAGAUGCAAAGGACAGAGUUCUAGAUGGCGGCAGAGAGAUUUGUGGCGAUGAAGGCGAGAUAUGGGUCAGCCGCAGGCAUUCUCACGCACGGCACCGUCGAGGACGACGAUUCAAUUUGAGCCUUAUGAGAACAGCGGCGGGCGGUGGUGCUGCGAUGAGGAACGACCUGCGUCUGACAGCUAUGCGGCAACAAGACCUAGGAGCAACGACGGGCCUGUCCACACCGGCGGUCCAGAGACUGCUGCGGCCUCGAGCGACCGUCGAGUUAGACGGCGGACGGGGACCAUGGCUCCGGGUUUGCUGGCAACAACUGGUAACAUCGGGAGCAGCAUGUGCGUUCUAGACCUGCGUCGACUUGUUUCAUAGAGCAGCUACCUCCAACUGGCAGACCGGCAGAACAGUGACCUGUGACCACAGCUCGCUAGAUCUGUAGAAUCAUCUGAAAUUCCAUUUCUUUUUCUUUUCUUUUGGCUUUUUGACAGACUGUGUUUUGCUUGAUUUUCUGGGGUUUGGGUGAAUUUCUGGUUAAUUUGGGAGAUUUUUUGUAUUUUGGGGAGGUUUUCUCACUUGAUUGUAUUCAACCUCUCAACGAGAGCACCAUUGUUGGAUAAUUGAUACCCAUAUUGUAUGAACAUGAGAGAUUUGAACAAAGAAUGUGGAGAAAGAGAUAAGUGUGUAUAGAAUUUGAACUAUGAGUUCUAUGAGUUGUGUCUUUACAAGCCUUACAUAAGGGAGUAUAUAUAGGGAAAAUCCGGGUCUGAGCCUCUAAUAUGGGCCUGACAGACCCGGUUACAUAAAUGGACUGAUAGUAUAAAAAGCUAAUCUAGAACAUCUUAAUAAUAAUAAUGUACAAUAAUGUGAAUCCGCUAAACGUGUGUGGGCCACUGUCCAGGCCCAGUAGUCGGCAUACCGUGGGGUCGGAGUCUAUAUAAUCCAUCAG